UUUGAGAACUAUCGUAAAGAUACAAACCUUCCUGGUGAAUUAUCUGAUAUUUCAAACCCAAAGCAACUUGAAGAAAAGCUUUGUAAAUACUUUACUGUAUGCCGUAAGACUAAUGGUAACGAAUAUUCUGUCGCAUCUCUUCAAUCUGCAAUUAAUACAUUAAAUCGGUAUUUUAAUGGUGAGACAAGUAAAUUAAAACCAAUUGACCUAAAUGACAAAAAGGCGCACCCUGAUCUUUGGCGUACAUUAAAUGGAAAAAUUAAAACAUUGUCUUCAAGUGGGUUUGGUGAAUCAAAUGGUUCUGAUGCUUUAACAAUUGAUAAAGUUCAACAAAUUUUAUCGCAUUCUCAAACGUCAAGACUUAAUCCCCAAGGAUUACUAAAUAGAGUUUUCUUUUUUAAUGCACUUUGUCUUGGUCUACGUGUAAUAUCAUGUGAUAUCGAUAUUUCUGGUCGUAAGAUUACUAAUCAAACUGGGCGCAAAACCUUAAUUCAAAUUCUAAAAGCGCUUGGAUUAUUUGAUUAUGAAACAAUGUCAAUUUCACGCCAUAAAUCACUAAAAGGAUUAGCAUCUUAUGAAUGUCCAAUUAAUCAUGUACAAGAACUUGGAUAUAAAGCUUUAGAUAAAGCGAUUAAUUAUGAAAAAGUAAAUGAAUCAUUUGUAGCCGCAAGUACACAUAAAAAUGAAUUAUCAGGCUUCGUAUCAGCAUCGUCAUUGUAUCAAGGUUAA